CCCAUGGUCUUGCGGGGGCCGUGGGGGAGCUGCGGGGGCCCCGGCGCGGCGCUCGCCCUCCUGCGCGCCCUCCGCACUAGGAUGUUGCGGCAGGUCUUGCACAGGGGGCUGGGGACGUCCUUCUCCCGGCUCGGCCACUUCGUCGCCAGCCACCCGGUGUUCUUCGCCUCGGCGCCCGUGCUUAUCUCCAUCCUUCUGGGCGCCAGCUUCAGCCGCUACCAGGUGGAGGAGAACGUGGAGCACCUCCUGGCCCCCACGCACAGCCUGGCCAAGAUCGAGAGGAACCUGGUGGACAGCCUCUUCCCGGUGAACCGCUCCAAGCACCGGCUCUACUCCGACCUGCAGACGCCGGGGAGGUACGGCCGGGUGAUCAUCACCUCCUUCCGCAAGGCCAACAUGCUGGACCAGCACCACACCGAUCUCAUCCUCAAGUUGCACUCUGCAGUGACCAGGAUCCAAGUUCAAAGACCUGGUUUCAAUUACACGUUUGCCCAUAUAUGUAUCCUGAACAAUGACAAGACAUGCAUAGUGGACGACAUAGUGCAUGUACUGGAGGAAUUAAAGGCUGCUCGUUCUUCUAAUCGAACUAAUUUUGCAAUCACUUAUCCGAUUACUCACUUAAAGGAUGGCAGGGAAGUGUAUAACGGGCAUCAGCUCGGUGGGGUUACUGUGCACAGCAAGGACCGGGUGAAGUCUGCAGAAGCCAUUCAGCUCACCUACUACUUGCAGGCAAUCAACUCCUUGAAUGACAUGGUGGCAGAGAAGUGGGAAUCCAUUUUUUGUGACACUGUUGAACUUUUCCAGAAAUCCAACAGGAAAGUCAAAAUGUAUCCUUUCACUUCUUCUUCGCUGAAGGAGGAUUUCCAGAAGACGAGCAGGGUGUCAGAACGCUACCUGGUCACAAGCUUGGUCCUUGUGGUCACCUUGGCCAUUCUCUGCUGCUCCAUGCAGGAUUGUGUCCGCAGCAAACCCUGGCUUGGCCUGCUGGGAUUGCUGACUGUGACCCUUGCCACCCUGACCGCAGCUGGGAUCAUCAAUCUCACUGGUGGGAAAUACAAUUCCACCUUCCUUGGAAUCCCCUUCGUCAUGUUAGGUCACGGGUUAUAUGGGACUUUUGAAAUGUUGUCCUCCUGGAGAAAAACUAGAGAAGACCAACACGUUAAAGAGAGGACUGCAGCUGUAUUUGCAGACUCCAUGCUCUCGUUUUCUCUCACCACUGCCAUGUACCUGGUCACUUUUGGAAUAGGUGCCAGUCCCUUCACUAACAUUGAAGCAGCCAGGAUUUUCUGCUGCAAUUCCUGUAUUGCAAUUUUCUUCAACUACCUCUAUGUACUCUCCUUUUAUGGUUCCAGCCUGGUGUUUACUGGCUACAUAGAAAACAACUACCAGCAUAGUAUCUUCUGCAGAAAGGUACCAAAGCCAGAGGUAUUGCAAGAGAAGCCUGCAUGGUAUAGGUUUCUUCUGACAGCCAAAUUCAGUGAGGACACAGAUGAUUCAGAGGAAACGAACACUUACGAGAGUCAUCUUUUGGUGUGGUUCCUGAAACGCUAUUAUUGUGACUGGAUAACAAACACUUAUGUCAAGCCUUUUGUAGUUCUCUUUUACCUUGUUUAUAUUUCCUUUGCCUUAAUGGGCUACCUGCAGGUCAGUGAAGGGUCAGACCUGAGCAACAUCGUAGCGACUGCGACGCGGACCAUCGAGUAUACGACUGCCCAGCAGAAGUACUUCAGUAACUACAGCCCGGUGAUUGGGUUCUACAUCUACGAGUCAAUCGAGUACUGGAACACCAGUGUCCAGGAGGACGUGCUGGAGUAUACCAAGGGCUUUGUGAGGAUAUCUUGGUUUGAAAGCUACUUAAAUUACCUUAGGAAACUCAACAUAUCUACCGGAUUGCCCAAGAAGAAUUUCACUGAUAUGUUGAGGAACUCCUUCCUGAAGACCCCUCAGUUUGCCCAUUUUUCAGAGGAUAUCAUCUUUUCCAAGAAAUACAACAAUGAAGUUGAUGUUGUGGCCUCCAGGAUGUUCUUGGUGGCAAAGACAAUGGAAACCAAGAGGGAAGAACUUUAUGACCUCCUGGAGACCCUGAGGAAGCUCUCUCUCACCUCCAAGGUGAAAUUCAUCGUUUUCAAUCCAUCGUUUGUGUACAUGGAUCGUUAUGCCUCUUCAGUGGGAGCCCCCUUACAAAACUCCUGCAUUAGUGCUUUAUUUCUGCUCUUCUUCUCUGCAUUCCUGGUCGCAGACUCUCUGAUCAAUGUCUGGCUCACUCUAACUGUUGCCUCGGUUGAAUUUGGAGUUAUAGGUUUUAUGACCUUGUGGAAAGUGGAACUAGAUUGUAUUUCUGUGUUGUGCUUAAUUUACGGAAUUAAUUAUACAAUUGACAACUGUGCUCCACUGUUAUCAACCUUUGUCCUGGGCAAAGAGUUCACAAGAACUAAAUGGGUGAAAAAUGCCCUGGAAGUGCAUGGGGUAGCUAUUUUGCAGAGCUACCUCUGCUAUAUUGUUGGUCUGAUUCCUCUUGCAGCUGUGCCUUCAAAUCUGACCCGUACACUGUUCAGGUGCUUGUUUUUAAUAGCAUUAGUCACCUUCUUUCACUGCUUUGCCAUUUUACCUGUGAUACUGACUUUCCUGCCACCCUCCAAGAAGAAGAGGAAAGAGAAGAAGAAUCCUGAAAACCGUGAGGAAAUAGAGUGUGUUGAAAUGGUGGAUAUGGAUAGCACCCGAGUGGUUGACCAAAUUACAACAGUCUAACUUGAUUUGUUGGUUGCUUUUUUACACUAGGUCUUACUGAAAACAAAACAAAUCAAAAACCAAGGAAAAAAAAAAAAAGAAACCAGUACUGACUAAAUAUCUGGGGAGAGGAAGAAGUUUGGAGGUUUUCCCUCCCUCCUCUAAGCUAAAUCCAGGAAUAUUCAAAAUUAUGGGAGAAAUCAAAAAUCAAUUAAAAAAAAAAAAAAAAAGAAAAAGGGCCAGGGGAUUGUACCUUGCUCAGUUCCCAUAACAGGUAAUAUGAGAAAAUUUUCACAUACAUGCAAAGGGGGGUUGAAUUUUAGAUGCAUGAAGUAAGAUCUAAUGAGAGAAAUUGGGUUCCUAAGCAGUCGUCUGCAUCGCCUGUACUGCAGAUGCUGCAAUUAUUGUGGCUAAACCAAAUCAUAUUGAAAGGUCAACUGUCAAGGCUGAAGUAGCACUAAAUGUUCGCUGGAUGUAAAGGCUUUACAAACUUUCUGCACAGCAAUAACUCAAGUCAGUGAGUCAGCUCUUAUAAGUCUUAGCCAUCACAUUUAAUUUUUCUUUUCUCCCCUAAUCUAAACAUUUAUGCAAGACUAUAUAAAAGAUAGCAAACUGUACUGGGAAAGAAGGCAGUACAAAGCAACCAAAUGCUUUCCAAACACUUUUGUGUUAUAAAUCACUUCUUUUUUUUUUCUAAAAAUGUCAUUAUUUUAAAAUGAAAAUCAUCCCUUGUAACAUUUUUAAUCAUGGUUUUAUAGCUGUUUCUUUUUUUUUAUAAAAACAAAAAAGAACAAAAAAAAAGAACAAAAAAAAAUCCAGGUGACUUUGUCACUCUAGAAAAUAUAUAAUUCUCUUUUAUACAUGUCUCGCUACUAGUUAAACAUGUAAUCUGCUUUACCAACUGCAAUUUUGUUAGCACUCUACAAAGUCAUGUGAGUGGAUCUAGCAGCAGACAGAAGAUGGUGUACUGAAUAUUUCAGCACCAAAAUCCAUGAUACAAACCUCAAAUACUAAAAUGUCAUCAAGAAAGUGAAUGUUAGGGCUCUUUUAGUGAGAGCCUAUUUCAGGCCAUUCACUGGUAAUGCACACUAAGAGGAUUAGUGGGUAGUUUUACAUAAUGUAUAACUUAAUCCCUCAAUCUUCCUAGAGUACCUGUAAAGCAAUAGACCUUACAGCUAUGGGCUCUUCCAAGAGACAGUAGACCAUGCGAGUUGUGUGGAACAAACCGAAGGCUGGGACUGUGGUUUAGCAGCAACGAGUUUAACAACGUCCCCAAAGAGCCCAUAUCUAAGGGGCCUAUUGAAAACAUCACUUCUGAGAGAAAAAAAAAAAAAAAAAAUAACUUAAAAAGAUUACAUUACCGAGUCUUUUUGGAGCUGUGAGUUCUAAAUCAAUAAUUCUGUCAGCAUCUGUGAUGUGGAGUAAUACAGAUAAAGCAGCAUCUCUUUCCUCCUCCGCCCCCUCCACCCUUAAGAGCGACAGGCUCAUUACUGUAAGGUUUUAUCAUGUGGUUGAACCCCAGUGGGGAUAUGUAAGCCAAUUCUGUAGGUUUUGCUGAGAGUAUUCUGACUAUACAUUGCCUAUGAAAACCCGGAAUCAGGAAGCUGGCUGGUGUGUUGGGUGGUCUCAUGAAUAUAUGGACUGUUGCUUUGUGGUGCAAGUUGAAUGUAUUACAACAGGACUCUUUUUGCAGCUCGUCCAGAAAGUAAGAGUACUUGAAAAGUUUUCAGCAAUUGGCAUAAGGUUUGCUUCAGUGACAGUGUGGAGGGGAAGGGAUAUUGCAGGAGCUAUGAAGCAUGGACCACUGGGAGCACUGUGGCUCCAGAGGCUACCUGUGGUACUUGCACGGUCAUUAGCAUAUCUGUGGUCACAAACCCAGGGUAUGCUUCAUUGCAUGAAACAUCUCUUUAGCAUCCAGUCCCAGUGACCCCCAAAAACCCUGUUUGAAACCCGCGAAUGCCACUGAGUGAAUAUUCAUUUUCAAGCAAAGAGAUACUUCUGAAGCAUUCUUCCUAGCAGAGAAGAUAACCAGAUAUUUUGCCCUGAAGCAAAACACUACAUGCUCACUAGCAAAAAAAAAAAAGCCAGCAGCACAGCUGGCAACAUUUACUUUCCCCUGGAUCUGUCCCUUCUCUGACCAGAAGAAAGGAAGCUGUGUCCAGGAACGCACAGGCUCUUUGCUUAAACAAACAAUGGUUGCUGAGGUAGCAGCUGGGAAGCUGUAACAACAACUUCAGCCUUGGCAGAACCCAGGACACCUUGAAGACAGCCAAAUGAAUGUAAGGCUAGGAAAAAGAUCUGUUUCCCCUGUUUUCUUUAGACUCAGGCUUGGGGCUAUGUUUUCCAGCCAAAAAUCAUUCCUUAAAUAUAUUUCACUGUAGAUUUUCUGUGAUUAUCACAGUGUCAUUUAAAGAAGAGUCACCCUAUCUCCUGGCUGUUCAUGAAGCAGCUGUAGUGGCUUUUAAACUUCUGAGGGCAUUAGCAAAUUAGUUGGGAGUUACAGAGGAGUUGCAGUUCGUCUGCAGCAAUCUACUGACUUGUGGAACUCUUGGAAAUGGGAUAUAUGUGAAAGAGAUUGCUUUUACACUGCAGAGAGAAAUACAUGGCAAACACUGAUUUUAUACCUCUGCUAUCCCUCGUGCUAUCACUUGCAAACACCAGACCCAAAGGUGGUUACCAUAAACCUCUUAACAUCUAAUUGCUGUGCACAGGCAGGAGUGUCUUUAAAGAGAUAUCCAAAGACAAGCUUGUAGUUCAGAGGCCUCUCCUUAAAUUUCAGCACGUGAGGCUUUCAGAGAUCUCCAAGAAAGGUGUUAAAACCAGGGAUAAAAUUACUCCUGCGUCUCCAAAUCUGUCAGAAAAAGGAUGUGGAGGCAGUCCUAUGACUUCAGAAUGGGCUUGGGUGUCCAAGAAGACAGAGAAGUAAGGCAGUCCACCCCUUGCACCAAGGUGGAGUCAAUAGCAUUUAAAUAAUUUCUGAAGGAUGUUUGUCCAGCUCAUUCCUAAAAAUCUUUUUAAUGGCAUAUUGCUUUCCUAACAGUUCCCCUCAGUGCCAUGUUACCCUCUCCACUAACUAGUAACUCUUUCUUGCUAGCUGCCCAGAACUGAUUCAGCCAUGUCCCUCUCUGCACAGGGACAGGACAGGCAGGAGACUGAAACAUCCUCAAAGGAGAGAAAAUCCAGAUCAGAACCAAAACCAACUUACAUACGUUUUUCACUGUAUUUCACCUCAGGUUGCCAUUUCAUUCCCCCCCUCCAGGGCUGGCAAGGUAAAACCAUGAAAGUAUCCAAGGUGCACUCAGCCUGGGUCCGUGAGAUUUCUGCCUGAAUCCUGAUGUGUUUGAGGGAUGCACCAAAUAUUCCUUUUCUACAGGUAGCUUGAAUACCUCAACAUGAACCAGAAACAGCGUGUCCUCAAGGUUUCAGACUAUGCUAAGCCACUUUGGCCUUCCUCCCCUUCGACUUUUUCCUCUGGAGCAAUUAUCUUCACCAAAGUCAGUUGGUCCUCCCUGCACUGACUGAUCAGUAGGUGCAGAUGCUGUGCUCUGUUCUCAGUCCAAAGCACUCCCAGUGGCUAACUGUGCAUAAGAGCUUGCCUUUAUUGGUGAACCUUCAUUUUGGAAGACUACCUAGGCUUAAGCAGAUUUUUGUCAUACUCUUAAGUGGCUUUUUAGCCCAGGUAUCACUGUGGUUUUGUUUGCAAUAUAGAUUACCCAAUUUUUUAUGAAUUCAGAGAGUAGAACAGAGUAUUGUACACUGUCAGGCACUGACUAAGUUUAACAGUGAAAGUUUUAGCUAUGACUAACAAGACCAUGUAGGACUGUGGCUCACUGAGCACAUAUAUCUUCUACAAACAUAAAAUUCCAUACAGUAAGGUAUGGUGUACAAUUUAUUUUUAAUUACAGGGUAAACAUGGGGAAAAAGAGCCAACCAACAUGCAAAUGGCCCUCAAGAUCAGUCAGGUUUUCUUGUAACAUUUCUAAUGUUGUCUUAGUAAAAGUCCACUUUCAAUUUACAAGUUUUCUAACGGGAGGAAAAAAACGAAAAGAGAAAAUUUGGUAUAGCUGGAAAAACUAUGCUAUAAAAAUAAAUUAUGAAGGCAGAAUUUGCUGCCCAAAGCAGAAAUAUGAAAGUGUUCUAGUUAGAUUAAAAUUAGAGUUUGGAAGGUUGAGAAAAACCUGUCUGUCAGAGAAAAAGAGAUGCUUUUCCAAAGACAAGCAAAUACACUUAUCAUGGUCAACUGCAUGAACCUGGAGGGAAAACAGUAUCAAAGUGGCCUGAGGUUAUGUUGAGCCACAAGAGGAUUUGCAUCUGCUCUCAGAAGCUUUCUGAGCCAGCACUGAAUUCAGGUAAAACAUGAACUGUAAAUUGAAAGGUGUACUUUUAAAUGCUUUUUUCUAGGCUGACUGUCCUCCUGUGAGCCAUGAAAUCCCCCCUUAGCCAACACCUUCUUUAUUUUUAUUCAAAAGGAGAACAAAGCAAAGUGGUGGCAUGACUGGGCAGAGAUCAGGGGAAUCGGAGGGAAGGCUGUGACUUCUCUGAAAAACUGAGAGCCAGCAAAGCAAGUGGGUUUUGUGGCAGAAGAACUGGUUACUUCAACACUUAGCAAAAUGGUCGUUUUUCCUAUUAGUUAACUUCAGAAGCAGAUAGCAUGUUAAGGGAGAUGCAGGGAAGGGAAGCUGAGUUAAUAGGAGUUAGCUAUGGAUUUGCUGUGGGCCCCAGUAGGUCCUCUGGCAUGGCUGGGAACUGGCAGCAGGAUGGGAGUGCAAGAGGGGCCGGGACAGCACUGGUGUGUGGGCACUGGGGAUGCCAGAUCAGGGGCUGUAGUGGUGCCAUUGCCCUUGUCCCCUUCCCACAGCCAUGCCUGGUGGUUCCCAGGGAUGCACAGCCUGCAGAGUGCACUAGCUCCCAUGUGGGCAUGGCUCACUCCUCCCAUGCCUCAUGUUGGGACAGCACUGCUGGGUUUUGCUGAGUCAGGACUUGCAUGGUAAGGCAUGAGCCCUCUGGGAACACUUUCUGGAAGAUCUUGAUGGGAAAGAAUUACCCAGAGCCUUUUUUCUCCCCUGCCUUUGCACAUGUUAAAACCCAGAUCCAUACAAAUGAAGUUGUACAAUUAGCUAUGUAGGGGCAAAGUAUUUCUUUCAUGGUUUUAUCCUUACAUUUAUCACUAAAAGUACUUGUCAUUUAUUUUCUUAUAAAUAUUGUGAAAUAAACCUUCCUGGGGUACACACAGGUCUGAUGAGGAGGCAGGGAGGGGAGAGAGCCCCUUCCCCUCCCUAAAGGUAGGAAGCAUCUUCCACCCAUGACCAGGCACUACACCAUUGCUGCAGGACACCCCCAGUGACCCCACCUCAGUGCAGGGCUGAGGGCAACCUUAUCCCUCCUCCCCAGUCUUAUUAAAGAACAGAGGGGAGCUUUAGCUCCAAAUUGUGGUGGGGUUGGGCCUCCAGGCAGCCCUUGUUAACCCGUCCGCUGCCAGGAAAGCGCAGCGGCAAACUUCUUGUUUGGUUGGUUUGGUUGGGGUUUUUUUUUUUUUGAGAAAGAUGUGGCAAAAGUAUCCCAAGAGGGGAUUUGAACACAUAUUCCUGUCUAUGGUCCAUGGGUUGGAGCAGAGUGGAGUGCCCUGACAGGCCACCAUUUGCCCUGUGGUGGCCCUGGCACAGCUUCCUGCCUGGAAAGAGGGCACCUCAGCAUCAUGUGUGCCUGCCUGGGGCAGCCGCUUCUCAGGCACAAGUUGUUCUGAUGUUGUUGGCGUUCUGCAAGUCAUUACCUUUUUUCUUAAUUUUGGAAAAAGUAAAAAGAAAAAACAGAUCAGUACAAACAAUUCUAGGAUAUUUAAAAUCCAAGAAGUCUUAACCUGUGCGUCAAAUAAAUGGCUUGCAAGAUGUCAGGGGGUUUCUUUUGGGCUUUUUUUAACCAAUUUUUACUAUUUUUGUAUUAAUUUAGGGGAAAAAUUGUAUAAUGAAUCUCAAUGUAUAGCAUAAGCCUGAAAUAAAAUGGCUGUCUCUCUCUUUGCUUCCUGUGCUCCCAAACUGCUACAGAAAUCCAUUACCAUUACCAACGUAACAAACUGAUUUUCCUGGCCUAGCCUGAAUAAUCAGGAUGUGCAUCCUCUCCAACUCCUCACAGAGAGGGUUGGUAGAGUAGUUCAGGGGCACCUGCUGCAGCAUGGAGCCAGCAACAUCCAAAAGAUGAUAGGUACACUGCUUCUCCAGUAGCCCCUCUUGUUCCAGGCUGCACACUGCCUGGCAGCAAGGACAAGGAAAAUGCAUUCCCCAUCUAUUAAUUUCCAUGUUACUGGGAUCUUAGUCAUUUUUUGGGGGAUUCCUAGACAAUCCGGCAGCAGAACCCCAGCCUGAGCAGGCAAAGCAACACCUAAGGGAAAAAUCUCAAACUGAUUUCAUCCAAAACUUAGGGUUACCUCCUCAAUAUAACUAUAUUACCUAUUGAGGUAGGUAACUAUAUACUAUACCUACUGAGAUCUGGUAGGUAGGUAGAGCUGAAGUAUUACUAUUGGACAGAAUUACUAUUAUUAAAAAUUUUCUUACCAAGACCUUGCCAUCCACAAACUUAGGAAGCCCCAUCAUCACUGAGGGACCCGCCUCUCCCAUCAGCAGAACCACAGUGGCUGCCCCAGGAUCUUCUGAUGAAUGUGCUCCAUCAUCUUGCCAUACCCAGGCAGAUCACCCAGUUUUUCCCUAAUGUUUUGUAGAAGGGGAGCAGUACCCGUGUAGGCCCACCUGAACCAACUGCUUUGAUGCAGAAGCAAACCCCUGCACCAAGGGACAUGGGUGAGGGACAGUCACAGAUGCUCUGCCGCACCUGGCUGUAGCAGUGAGAUGUUUACACUUUUUACACUUCACUGUAAAAAGCAGGUGAGCCAGAUCCAAGCCCGAGUCACUGCAAACAAUAACAGGCCUGAGAGCUGGUGAGUUUGGGCUGCCAAGGGCUUUUGACCACUUUAUUUUAAGGGGGAGUUUGAGUCUGCAAUUUAAAGGUGACUCCUGUCACCUUUUACGGCUCCCGGUCUUGUCCCUUUCAUUUGUUCUUUCUCACAUUGCCUCAAAUUCAGAAUCCAUGAAAUUCUGUCUGAAAUUGAAACUCCUAUUAAUUUUUCUUAUUGCUAAUGCAAUGUUAGCAUCUGUCUAAGCAUCGCACAGGAACCCAAAGAACAAAACCCUUGUACCAAGCUGGUGUGCCUCAUCUGUGUUCUCAAGAGCUCCUUCAUGCAAUUCUCCAUAGAUCUAAUUUACAAAAUUCCAGCUUUCCAAAUGUGUAAUCAGCACUUUUAUUCUGAAAAUUCAUCUGUAUGUAUACCUUCAAAAUAGAGGCAUGUUAAAUCUGAUUUUUAGGUUAUCAGGGAAUACAGUUCAGCCUAACAAACAUUUGUGAGCAGCAUCUCUGAAUUCCAUGUGCGAUUUUUACACUGCUACAUACAAAUCAGAAUAUUGUCAUCCCAAAAUACCACAUUUCCUUCUUUGUACAACUACUUUGCAAACAGAAACUAGGCAGGAUUGCAGACCCUAAACAGUGAAGUGUGCUUAUGUUUACAUUCAUCCUAUAAAUAUCACUUAAAUAUGUAAAGGUUAAUGGCAAUAACCAUUGAGAAGAACAGGAUUUUUUUUUAUGACUUCAGUUUACUGGCGGAGAAUAACUGAAAUAUAUGCUGAGCACCUAGCUAAAAAGAACCAGGGAAUGAGAAAUCUAACCAUCCAUCAGCAGAAAAAAAAAAGUCCACUUGAAAAUUUAUACAUAUAAGAAGUCUAAGAACAACGUUCAAGGCCUUAGGUGGAUAUCCAGACUAUAUAGAAUAGCAUAUGUUAGAAAUUGAUGCAGAAUAUUCCAUUCUGAUUCUUUCUGGCCACAUUCAAUCCUCUGAAAUAUGCUCUGUUCUGUGAGGAGGCAUGCUUUUGAGCAAGACUGACAUUCAUCUUUCUAGAAAUUACUGAGUUGCACAGGUGAAGUUUGCUGGAAACAAAAUUUUAAAUGUAUACAAACAAACUGAUGCCAGAAAACACAAUUUGUAACAAACAUGCCUUCACAUAUUGAUUGUAUUUCAUAAUAAGCAAUCUGUUCCUUGAUGCUACAAGUAAAAAAUGACUUUAUAUUUGUCAGCUAUAUUCAGGAAAAUGAGAUGCCCCACUAAUGUAUAUAUAGUGCAUACACCCCCAUACCAAUUAUGUAUUUCUUAUACGCCCAACUCAAGUUGGCUCCGUAUAAAGAGGAAAAGCCAACCUAGAAACAUAUUUGAAAGCUGGUAGGAAGAAUAGUUUAGCUUAGCUGUCCUGAAAUUAGUAAUGAAUCAGCAGGGGAGGAGCAACAGAGAAGUUGGUAAGGGGUUUAGGAACAAAGAAGCUUCCUGCAGAAAUGCUGUUGAGAAAGGAGAAUACUCAGGUUUAUUGUGUCAGGAGAAUGGGAAAGAUCAUGUAAAAAACUUCUGUGUUGCAAAGGGAAGAAGGUCUAAGGCAGAAUGAAGAGUGAGAAAAAUUAUAUAAGCGUAUUGGCAUCUGUAAGGUAUAUUAAGGCUGUCUAAUAAAAGGCAGAGUCUGUCCAUAUAAGGAAAAUAAAAAUUCACAGAUGCCUAGUUAUGUGUUUUCAAAUAUAGAUUCAGUACUUGACUGCUUUGGAAUAAAAGUAGGAUAUCAUUUGUAGUCUAAUCUGGAGCCCAGAUUAGAGCCCUGGACUUUAACGUGAGAUAUAAACAAUAUCAUACAGAACAAGAGAUCGGUCAGAUGGAUUCUGGCUCAUAACUUACUGAGAAAUGACAAAUUGAGCCUCACUCUUCAUUUUACUGCAACUCUUACUUACAGAAAAGCAGCUGACUUUACUGGUUCUGAAAUAGCCAUACCUUCCUGAUAAAAUACUCAUGUGUUGGAAGGAUUUCUUUUCUUUUCUUUUGAAAAUGCAAUCAAUUUUCUUUCUGGACAAAGUGAGCCCUCAGGCACAUUACCUGCAGUGAGAAGUGGGAAAUACCAUCUCUCUUAAGGUGAUUCCUGAGUCAAGAACAUCCCUCUGCAAUUGAAUUUCUCUCUUUUCUUUCCUCUCAGCAUGCUAUUGCAAGCUGUUCCAGACUUGUCUAUUGACAGUUUUACCAAUUGGUAUAUCGUACCUCUCUUGCAAAGAGGGGUGGGAUUCUGCCAAGCCUCUCCUGGUUUUGGCUCCAGGGGCAGUGGCCACAUUAUAAUUUUUGAAUUAUUCCUGCUCAUUAGUCCCUCUCAUGGGACCUGUUUCUAUCAGUUUCUUGCAUCUUACUGGAAGGGUGGCUACAACAGCUCUUAGAGAAAUGCCAACAGCAUUUUGCUGAUCUGACAUGCCUCUGAUAUAUACAAGUGACAGAACUUUAUUAGAUCUAGCAAGAAGAAGCAUUCAAACCUCAGUGUCAGGACAUCGUAUUCUAUUUAAUAUCACACCAUCUCUGUAGAUGUUAUACACAGCAGAUUUAUAAUAUGGAGGUUCCAGAAAUGAGGAGAGAAAGAGAGAAAAAAAUACCAUUUAAACUGCUCAUUCAGCACUUUCCAAACCUCUCCAUCAAAGGAAGAGUUCCUGCCUCACAGUCAGUGGUGACACCAAGCCUGAAGAGUCUAAUUUGCAGGAAAAGGUUAAAAGAAUUUGGCUUAGAAAGGGGAAAUGUGGAGCUGAGAUAUGUGACUUCAGAAUUAUGGAAAGGAUUGCUAACUUCAUUGAGUUCUUUUUUUUUUUUUUUUUUUUGCCCAGUGUGUGCUUCAAAAGCCAAAAUCUCAGAAUACAAAAUGUUUAAAGUGAGAAGCAAAUAAUAAAUUCAUGGAGAACAUUUCACAGGUAGAAAUGACAAAUACAUAUUGGAAACUGUAAAGUCAAGGCAGACAAAAAAAUCAACUCAGAUGAGAAAUGCCUACGUUUAUUGUAGAGAACUCCAUAAAAACCUACACAGAAAAGCUCCCAAAUGUACUCACAGCCCUGGAGAGCUCUUAAGGUGGUCUGUUCCAGCACCAGAACAGAAAUAAGGUAAGAGUUUUGAAUUAUUGACAGCUACAACCAACAGAGCUUUGAACUGUGGAACCUGGGUAAGGGAAAAAUGGAAAAAAAUUAUGGGAAAAAUAUUUUAAUGACAUACUUACUCUUUGUGUGCAUCAACACCUCUUCUUGGUGAGAAGUUUCUAGGGAGUUAUAACUAAUAAAACUUGUUUAAAGCAUGGGCCAGCACAUUCCACAUUCCAGGCAACUGUUUUCCUUUCCCCUUGAAGCCAAAGGCUGAGAUUCAUUUUAUCAGUUUACAUUCAAGGCAGAUUGUCUCUCUGACACUGCCUGACUGACAAAAGACCUGAUACACAGGGCUGAGCACAGACCAGCACAGGAAACAGCCCAUACUUGAGCCAUGGCAGGGCACAGCUUUAUUACUUCUUCAUCAGAGAGAUGUGCAGAAGAGGGCAUUCAAAUUUUUAAUGUACUUCAAAAACUUGUAAGAAAAAUUGGCCUCUAUGGUACACUGUGGAUGCACUAAGAUGUAGAUGUGCUGUGGAUGCUAUCCAGGCGUACUUACACUUUUCCAAAGCUAGGUAGCCCUCAGCCUUUGGCUUCGUGCCACAGAGUCCCUCUGAGAUUCACAUUGCAAGUUUUAUUGAGAUACCUGUUUGGUGAAAGAGAUUUUGUUUAGAUCAAACCGAUCUUCUUAGAUAUGAGCUCUUUUAUUCACCCCAGAAGGUUUCCACACCUGACAUCUCUAUCCUCUGUUAGUACACUUGGAAAUGAAGGUGGCCACAGCGGGAAGGAGAGAAUUGGAAAGCGAGUAAAAGUCCCAUUAUUUCAGUUAAGUGGCAGCUAGUUUUGUGAGGCUCAAUUACCAGUGGUUUUCUGAGCUUCCUUUUUUCCACUACCAAAUUUUAAAAAGGUGCUCAAUAUUCCACUCCUAAGCCAGGAAUAACUAUGGGUUUUCAGUAUACUCCAAGCAGAGUGUAGCAGCUGGAUUGAAAUCAUGUUGCCCAAUAGAAAUAAAUCAUUGGGAAGGGGAGAAGAGGUGGAUAGAGUUGAUGGAUUUGAAAUUUUCCACAGAAAAGAUAGGUUUUUCUUUUUUUAAAAAAAAAAAAAGUUCACAUUUUUACCUUUGCUCUGAUUGAGUCUGAUAAACUCAAAGCAUAUAAAAUCAUUUACAAAAACUUCUGUGCAGGAAGGGAGAGGUGGAAGGUGAGUUGAGAAAAGAUGUAUCUCUUCUGACUUUCUUCUAAAAUGUCUGCUUUGUCACAGAUCCAGGGAACAGCAGUAUGGCCAGUAUCAAAGCAGUGGAGUAGCUGUGUUUGGAUAAAAUUGUGUUGUGGAACAAUAAAGUGGUAAAUAGUUACCUGGUAAGAAAGGUACCCACCAGGCUUCUUUCAAAAUGCUGAUGAAGGGAAGGAAGGUAUUGAGCUCCAGCUCCAGUGACUGGAGAAGAUGGGGCUUCCCAGCAAGGCAGCAGCAAAAGCAAACAAUAGCAAACAUUGCACUUGUAUGGAAAUGCAGUUUUGAAUGCAGAAUCGGCUGAUCCAGGGAAAAUAAAGCCAGGAACGAUUGUGAAAGUCCAAAACCUCUCUAUAUUUUUUAACUUCUCAUUAUGGCUUAUGUGUAACAUCACCAGAUCCCUGGUGCUCACACACCAUUCAGAUCCGUAAUUGUUUUAGACAUAGUUCCCAUUAAUAUCAUCCAGUGAGCAAAUAUAAACCACACUCAGGUGGCCAUUCAUAGAUCUCAAGUAGUCAAGGGUCAUCCUUUAUAGCUACCCCAUUCCUAAAAUACAUAUAAAAUAUAUGCAUUUCACAGAAUAAUGAGAAAAAUCUAUACAAAAUUCUGAUCUACCUGAAAACAAUUUGCUUUAAACAGGCCAAGCAGAAUUGAAAAAUUGUUUCUGGCAAAUAAGCUCUAAAUGUGAAGGGAAAGUAGCUCUAUUCAAGCUUUUUGAAGAGAAUGAAUGAGAGAAUGAAUGUGAAAAAGCACAUGGAGUGCAAUUUAAAGAAGCAAGCAAGCGAAUCGUGACCAGAGAAUGUCUAUAAAACCUUGGCAGUUGACCUUCACUGGGUGAGGAUCAUAAGUGGGUUUGGAGAAUCAGCAUUUCAUCAAGUGGUUGAGUAUAUUUUUACCCUUUUCAAAAUAUGAACCAGCUCAUCAGGUAAAAACUGAUCAUGCAAGGUUUGUCUGUUUGCCUGCUCUCAGUGAGCAUGAAAAAAAAAUCUUUUUAAAUGAACCUGUGGUCUCUGCUGACUUUUGUUAAUUCCAAUAUAUAUCUGUUAACUGCUAAGGGGAAGAAAAUCAGAAAUAAAAAUGCUCCAAACCUUUAUUACCUUUUCUUUUCUCAAGAAUCCUGCACCUUUCAUUACCUUCUCCUUUUGCUAUGCCAGGUUUCUCUUAUGAAAUUCCCCCAUUUCGGCCAAUUGACUCAAGCGCUCCCCUAAUACGCUCUUGCAAUUGUAAGCACUCAGGGGUUCCACUAAAAGGGUGGCUGGAUGCAGCUUCAGGACUAAUUGUAUCCUAUGAGUUAUAGAAUUAUGCACCAACAGCUAAAAGGACACAAUUACAAGGUGAACUAUUGUGACACACACUGUGUAAUGUCAUACAAUCAAAUGCAAUGUUUAAUAAACAUGAACCUCUUU